CUACAUUCUGUUUUCUGUCAAUGAUUAUUUUAAAACUUCUCAAUAGAGAAGAAUAAAACUAGAAAAAAAAAAAAAAAAAAAAAAAACAACUUGAAAAAUGAAUAUUCCAUGUAAUAAUAAUUGUGUUGUAAGUUGCCCGGAAAUUAUCGGUUAUAUGAGUGUCGAUGUGUCUCGAGAAUACCUGCCCGAUUUAUCACAACUGAAGUUUCUUAACUUUAUUCCUCCAAAUCAAACAAUAAACUUGAACCUUAACCAUGGAAUAAAAACAGCCAUCAAAAGAACUACCGAUGACAACGAUGAAAAUAUAACUCUAUUACUCAAGUUCAUUAUGAAUAAUAAAGAACAAAAUAUAAAUUUCAUUGAUAAUAUAGAGCAGAAUUUCAUUACUUACAGAAGAACUUUAAUUAGCGUAAUGUGUAAUGCAUUCAACAGUGAACAUAUUAGAAUUAUGGCUUGUUUAUUUAAUAAAUCUAUUUACUUGUGCUCCCUUGAAACUCCUCUUGAAAAGAAAAAAAGGUUGUCUCGCAACCAACAAGAUGGCCGUUUCUGUGCAUGGGGUUAUAAAUUCGAACAAUAUAUGCUGGCAGAUGUUCCUGGUGUUAAUCCCAUUAUAGAAAGGCCAGUUGUAGAAAACGAGGAGUUUACAUUAUACUAUAAAACUAAUUUAGGAGACCAUACACUUUUGUAUGGUGCACAGAUAGACGGCUUGAUCGCUACUGAUGGCACAGUUUUACCUCCACCAAAUACAACAGACUUUCAAACCAACUUAAAUUAUCUUAAACAGCAUACAUAUGUUGAAUUAAAAACAAAUAGAAUAAUACAAAGCAAGAGGCAAGAGCAAACCUUUAAAAAAUAUAAAUUAUUAAGAUGUUGGUGCCAGUGCUAUUUAGCAAACUUACGUGGUUUACUUGUGGGCUAUCGAGAUGAUCAUGGGAUUGUUACGUCACUAAAUUAUUAUAACACUGAGGAUAUUCCAAAGUAUUGCAAACAUGAGCGGCAGCCAGAAAGAUGUUAAAAGUUUUUACAACACUUUUUAUCAUUUGUGAGGUUUACUUUUAACAGAAUUCAUUUGGAUCCCAAUGAAACAAUGUCAUUAAUAUUUGAUUUACAUGGGUGUGAUCCUAUAACUGUUUCAGAAUGUAACAAUGAAUAUAGCUCUAUUUUACCUGAAUGGUAUAUUCAAGCAAUGAAUAAUAAAAGUAAAUACAAAUAGUACUUGAUUAGUAUUUUACAAAUAAAGUUCUCUACCAAUCGGGAAACCAAUACGUAUCAAUCUUGCUUGAGCCAACUACUGAGCAAGUUAUCUGAUCCAACGUGCAAGACAUCACUAUACACGAUUUAAAAACAUGCUGGUUCCAGCAAGAUGGAUAUUACAUAAACUCUAUACUAUAGAGGACCUAACAUUCCUUACCAAACUUUCCAAGCUCCCAUCCAUCCAGGGUUGCCAUUUUACAAAACUAAAAACUAGUCUGGCUAUCUUAAUAAUGCCACUAGUGGGACUAUUCGCUAACUGUUUUCGACAGAUGAAAGUGAUAGUCACCUAGCCAUUUACUGCUUUAUUAUCAGUGGCGGCGUUAGAGGCUCCCCCCCCCCCCCUCCCUCAAAC